UUGCCGAAUUUGGUCCGGUGUGCAUCCCGGGUUUAACACACGGACCACUUUUUGGCAGCACAGCAGUAGAACUCACCUCGUUCUUAAUCGAACGGAAAGCUCUGAGCCGUUCUCAUUGGUGGGUUUCACGGCCGUCUGCGCGUUCCUAUUGGCUGUUGUAAUGAGUGCGUUGCUGUGCGGGGUGUGAGAGAGCGAGGCAGACUGGGUGUGGCGGGAAGCUCGAGGCGAGCGGUUUGAUUUUCAACGGCGGCUUUUUGACGAGAGGGACGCAAGCUCCAAAUAAAUAGUAAGACAACCGACCAAGUUGACUGAUUCAACUUCAAGCAGUUUAAAGAAGUCAAGUGGGCAGAGGAUAUUUCAACAGUAUGGCGACUGCACAGCUGCAAAAGAACACUUUGGGCACAACUGUGUUUCCAAAUAAAGUCACCACAGAGAGUCAGUCUCUAGUCCUGGUGAAAAGGCUUCUGGCUGUGGCCGUGUCCUGCAUCACUUACCUCAGGGGGAUGUUUCCUGAGAAAGCCUACGGGAACAAAUACAUAGAAGAUCUCUGUGUUAAAAUCCUCAAAGAAGAUAAGAGCUGCCCGGGGUCGACGCAGAUUGUGAAAUGGAUGUUUGGGUGCUACGAUGCUCUGCAGAAGAAGUAUUUGCGUAUGGUUGCCCUGUCAGUUUACACUGAUCCAGAAGACCCUCAGACUGUCACAGAGUGCUAUCAGUUUAAAUUCAAAUACACCAAGGAUGGACCCGUUAUGGAUUUUGAAAGCAGCAAUAAGAAAACAGACAGCAAAGUCUCGUGUGCGGACACAAGGAAAGCCAGCGUGCUUCUAGUGCGUAAGCUGUAUGUCCUGAUGCAGAACCUGGGCCCAUUACCAAGUGACAUCUUCUUGAACAUGAAACUCUUCUACUAUGACGAAGUGACUCCCUCAGACUACCAGCCCCCGGGGUUCAAGGAGGGAGACACCGACAGCAUGAUGUUCGAGGGGGAACCAGUGCACCUGACCGUGGGGGAGGUAGCCACGCCUUUCCACAGCCUGAAGGUGAAGGUGACCACGGAGAGCGACCGCAUGGAGCAGGUGGACCAGGGGCUGAUGUGCACAGACAAGACCAAGCAGAGCCUGCAGCUGGACGACACAGAGGAGGGGGGAAUGCAGGACAGCAGCAUGAACAUCAUACAGGAAAGCACAAUGAAGGAGGCCAGGGCAGUGGAUGACAAUGUGAACAGCAUCGAAAGGGAGGACUCAGAAAUUGUGCUGACCUGUCAGGAGGCUAUGAAGACUGCUGAUGAAGGAUCCUGCCUGAGUGAUUCUCGUUCCCAGAUGGAUCAGCUGCUCAGCCAGACCUCAGACUUGACUGUGGCAGGCAGCAGAAGGACCAGGAGUGGGAGAGGAAUAGCGCCCUCUGUUGUGGACGGGGGAGAGCUGUGCAGGACAUCUCCCAAAACGGGCAGAAAGAGGGGACUGGCUGAGAGGAACAAGCCUGUUUCCCAGUUUGAGAUACCGUGCAGCCAGGAGGAUGUUCCAGCACCAAAGAGAAGGAAGUUUAGUGAACCCAAGGAACGCUUUUAAAGAGUGGAAUCGACAGGUUCCUUUUGUAGCACCGCGGCAAGGAGCUCCCAACUGUGAACUUAAUAUCCACACUGCAAACCGAGUGCUGUGUGGGGGUCAGUGGUGUAGGAACAGGAGACUGUGCGAUGGGAAAAGGAUUGACUAUCGAUAUACCGGACAGAGACUUCCUGUAUUAAACGUGAGAAUACAGAAGGCAAUGCUUUUAAAAUGAAGCGAUCCCUUUAACGUUUUUUUACAGCUGUUUCUAAGCUGUGUAAAUGUAUACGCCGCAGUUCUGCGAAGUGGAUUUAGUGUUUGCUCCUGCUUUUUGAUUUGUGUUCGCAGUACUGCUGUUUGUUCCACAGCACUUAUCACAGGUUAUGCUUUUGAUGCUUUCCACAGCGGUUUUUAUUUUUUAUUUUUUUUACAGGUUAUAUUUUUGAAGUGCAGUCGUACGAUCACCUGUGCUUCAUAAAAUGUUAAAAGUGUGUUCACUUCUUUAGACUGGCUAGAGGCAGUUUUAUUUUAUUUUAUAGAAGUCUUUGCGAUAAACUUUGUACUUGUUUUUUUUUUUUUUAAAACAAGACUUUUGAAAUGCAUUUCAUA